AUGUCCGAACCUCCCCCAUGCCGCUUCCUCGGCCUGAGCGCAGAGUUACGCAACGAGGUGUACGAGCUCGUCCUGAAGCAUCCAGGACCCCUGGAACUCUCAAAAGGAAUCGACCUCACCACGGGCAGGUUCGGUCAGCUUGUUCGCAACGAACGCGUAUACGUCGUGGGAGGAUUCCAGGGGGAUGAGGACUCUCGCCAGAACCUGGCUCUUCUCAGAACGACUCGUCAGAUCCAUGCCGAGGCGACGCCCAUUCUCUAUAGCAAGAACGAGUUCGUCGCCGUCGACAAGGACCCCCUCUGCUACUUUCUCAGACAGAUUGGGCCAUCUGUCCAAUUGCUACGCCAUGUGACCAUUGGCCACUGUACCAAGACAUCGCUUCGUUCCAUGCUGGUGUCGCUCAAGGGCGCAACUCACCUUGAUCGGCUCGAGUUCGCUUACUCUACUCGGAUUAUGGUUGGCGAUGCAGCACGGAUGGUAAAAGAGCUAGGCCCAUGGGCUCGUGCAUUCCACAGAAUGCGCAAAGCUAGCACGAUCCAAGGAGAACGCAACGUACUGGAUGUGCUAGAGUUUUCCGCGAAUGAUUGGCUCUCUGACGCUGACAAGGCCCGCGAUGCUGCAGCCGUGGUUGCCUUCAGCGCUCAGGUCAAGGCGGAGCUGCAGAAGACUCUGAAAGACUAG